CGUAUCCACCCUGAGCCGUCCCCAUCGCUCAGCCCGGCCAGAUAUCGGCGCUCGGGCCAGGCAGAUGCAGACGCGUCGUCUCUGGACUUACGCCCUAUCCUUCAGCUGCGUUGCUGGAUUUAUCAUCAUCGUUCUCAACCAGUUCCAAGACCAGCUCGUUUUCUACGUGACCCCAACGGAUGCGUUAGCAAAGUACACCGAGAACCCCACCAGGUCAAAGUUCAGGCUCGGCGGGCUGGUAUUGGAGGGCAGUGUGGGGCAGAUUCCUUCAUCUCCAGAGAUGGAGUUCGUGGUGACCGACUUAAUAACUGACAUUUUGGUGAGAUACGAGGGAUCGCUGCCGGAUCUUUUCCGGGAGGGUCAUUCUGUUGUUGUCGAGGGGUUUAUAAAGCCGUACACAGAAGAGAUGAAGAAGAAGGAUGAGGGGAUGCUGAGAGAGAACAAGUCCAUGAUCACAGAGAAGGCCAGAAGUGGAAACUGCUAUUUUGAGGCUUCAGAAGUGCUGGCUAAGCACGAUGAGAAGUAUAUGCCGCAAGAAGUUGCUGCUGCCUUGGAGAAGAAUAAGAAAAUGCUGGAGCAGCAACGGAAGGAGGAAUGCGGGAGCGAAGCUAUACCCAAUGUGGAAAGGGAGAGCAAAACUAUACCCAAAGUGGAAAGCCGGAGCGAAACUAUACCCAAAGCGUAAAGGGAUUAAUCAUGCCCUCAGUCACAGGUCUGAUAUUUUUCUUUACAACUGAACUCUUUAGCACUUCAUUGGACAUGUAUGUUUAUGCUUGAUUACAGAGAAGCUAGCUGACCCGACCAGACCCUUCAAUUUUGACGGAAUUCUUAGCGACUAGCACUAUUCCAGUAUGACUAUUCCCGUAUGACUUUGUAUUUAGGCUUUUCAAUUUCUCUUAAAUUCCCAGCCACUAGGACUUCCUAUUUUCCUUUAAAAUUAACCCUUCCUUUAAAAUUAAGCCAAUAUGCGUUAUGUUUUACAAUAUAUUUUCUGUAAUUAG